GCGCGCGUAGCAGGGCUCGCUCCCUCCGGGUGCGGUCGGCGGCUGGGCCGGAGCGUGUCGCGGGGGCGUCACGUCGGCUGGUCACCCGUGAAUAAGAAGGCGAGAGGUGGGGUUGGGGUGGGGCUGCUGCGCCGUGACGCCCGAGCGACCUCCCAGCCCGCCCGCUCGCCUGCCUGCCUGCCCUCGUCGGCGCUCCCCCCUCUCCCCUCCCCGGUGCUUCCUCCGCGGUCCUUUGCCUCCCGGGCCGUCUUGCUGAGAGCGAGCGGGCGCGCGCGGGUGGGGGAAAUGGCUGAGACCAUCGCGGACACCAGGCGCCUGAUCACGAAGCCGCAGAACCUCAACGACGCCUACGGGCCGCCGAGCAAUUUUCUCGAGAUCGACGUCUCCAACCCUCAGACGGUGGGGGUGGGCAGAGGCCGCUUCACCACCUACGACGUGAGGGUCAAGGUGAGAGAUCCCAGCGAGGAGGGGACGGCGGGGGGGGGGUGUCGGCGGAUGGAUGGGGAAUUAUGGGGGCGGACGGGCCCUGCUGGAGCCUCGGGCUUAUCUGCUAUGGGGAGCGAGGGUGGAGGUGCCCUGGCUGUGCUACUUCCAAGCAGUAAGGCCUCUUCACUCCUUCAAAUACGUGCCUUGCCUGGCUGGCUGGGUGGGUGUAGCUUAGAAGUGCCUGAGCCAAACUGAAGGGCUUAUUUUUAUCCCCCACCCUCAUACCCUCUUUCUUUUCCAUUCCCCCCACCCACACACAAUGGAAGGUCAGGGGCAUUUCCUCACUGGAGAGCUCACUGAUUCCCUGGCACACCUUCAAAGAAGAUGCUGCAGUUCCAUAUACAUAACCAAUAUGUCGUUAGCACUCUGAUCUGCCAAGCUGAGCUGAGGUUGACAGUGACAUCCUGUGCAGUUGAGGGUGGGGGAGAGGUGUGUGUGUGUAGGGAGAGAUAUUUUAAGCUGUUCAUUUUCUCAGUAUCUUCUAGUGUUGAUUCCUAUAUGAAUGCCGAAUGCCGUUAGCACCAUAUUCAUACAGAAUGAAAGGUCUGAUGCAGAGCCUGCGCAUGCCAAGGUUCUUGAAUGCACAUGUAGAUCCCAAUUUGGCUUCCUUCAGAUGCUUGUAACUGGAACUGUGUGUGUGUUUCAAUGUUCCUUAUCUCUGCAGUCCAGAAAUGCAGUGUGCUUCAGCUUGGUGCUGUUCCAUACUGGCCCCAUGUCUCUCAUCACACACCAGAGUUAUGCUAAGUAGUCUGUGUAGCUGACUUCCCAUACUCAUUGUUUGUGUGGGUCUCCAUGAUAUGGCUGUACUUUGGUUAUUCACAAUACUCUUAUGGGUACCUACUGAUAUGUGAGAACAAAGAAAACUGCUGUGAGAAGGGCCUCCAGUGAUACAUCCUUCAAAAGCUUUAAAUUGUGCUGCUUCCCUACAUAAUGUUUAGUAACUGGUAGUAGUCACUGCCUCUGAACAAUUAUGGUAAUUCUUUUGGUCCGCUUACUGUAUUUGUACUCUGCCUUUAACUCCAAAAGGAAGCCCACAACAGCCUUAUACAUUAAGGAAAUACAUUGUUCUCUGAUUCUCACCCUCAUGUUAUAGUAACAUUCUCUGCAUUCCUAUAACUUAAAGGCUAACCAGGGAAUUUAUUCUCUGGUGGAAUACCUCGAAUUCAUAGUGUUAACUGUGUCUACAUGAUAACAAAAAGAUAAUCUCAAGGCUGUGCAGUUGACAGAGUUAAGAUAGUGCCAUCUCAUUCUUUGGGGAAGGCUUUAAGGUCUUCUAUAACUGCAGUAGAGUGGUACCUCGGGUGACAGACGCUUCAGGUUACAGACUCCGCUAACUCAGAAAUAGUACCUCAGGUUAAGAACUUUGUUUCAGGAUGAGAACAGAAAUCGUGCAGCGGCAGCGGGAGGCCCCAUUAGCUGAAGUGGUACCUCAGGUUAAGAACAGUUUCAGGUUAAGAAUGGACCUCCGGAACGAAUUAAGUUCUUAACCUGAGGUACCACUGUAGUGGAUCAGGGCCCGCCACUUGUCUCUUGUGGGUUUUAGACAACCUGGCAGGAGAAAAUAAGGAUUUAUCUUUGUUUUCUCUUUCCCUCUCCCACUUUUCAGGUAAUGGAAGAACUGUCAUGCAAGGGUUGAGGAAGUAAUAAUUUUACGUUACAUCUCCUUGAAUGUACAGUUCUUGAAUUUAUUAAGAAUGACACUUUGUCUAAAGGUGUUUUCCACCGUCAUUUGUUUAACAAUUUGUUCUUCCUUUUAUGAUAAAUGUUGUAAAAGUAGGUUUGAUCUGAAACAAGUAACAAAUUUCUUGUUGCUUCUAUUUACUCUGGACCAGGUUGUGCAUUUCUAGCAAAGCUGAGGGUGAUAAUGCAAACUUAGAGCCAUUGGACAAUAUGUUUAUGGAUUGCUGAAAGUAAGUAAGGUCUAGGGUAAUAGAUGGCCUAAUGUUAUCUUAACUGGUUGUGUACCUAAGUGGGACAGGAGAAAGAAUGUAUGUGCUUAGGUUGUGUAGGUUAGAUAACUCAAAGAGAGGGAGCCAUAGCACAUUGCUUCACAUUCCAAAGGUCCUGAAUUCAAGCCCUUCCAUUGCCAGUUGAAAAACUCUUGAUGUAGUAGGGCUGGGAAGACCUCUUCCUAAGAUCUUGGGAGAGCUGCUGCUGCCAUUUAGUGUAGAGGGUACUAGAUCAUAGACCAGUACAGUAAUUAGGAAUAAGGUAGCUUAAUGAAUUGAGGAAGAACUUUUGCUUGAGGAUGUGCCAGUGUGGGAAAGUUUUACCGAAUAUAGUCAUGUUUCCCUUUAAUCUGUUAGAUUGCUUCUUUGGCACUUGGUUGUCUGUGCAGUCCUGCAUGUCACUUGAACUUGUAUCCUGUUCCAGCUGAAAGGCUCGAUAUUUUAAACUGAUCCAGUUGAUGAACUAUGCUUGCUGAUGUAGUGUAGGCUCUUAGAUAGCAAGGUAUAACCCAUGCCUUCAGAAAAUGCUUAUGUAUGACCUGUGGAGGAACUAGUUGGCGGAUAUUGCCUACUUUGGGUACUAACUGGCAUUCACACUAGUGAAUUGUGCCUGGCAGUGCCAACUUCAGUGCACCUCUACAAUAUGCCCUUCUAGUACUACCCCAUCACAAGACUUGUUGAUGUUGUGUACCAGUUGCUAGGGCUGCCUUGAAAGCUGCGGAGUGCAGUAUUAUCAUGAAGAUUUUGAAUGACCAAAUUGUCAGAUCAAAAUAUAAGACUGCACCCCCUUCAGCAGAUGGUGAUAGCAAAAAGAAUUCCUUGCUGUUUGUUUAUUAAUUUAUUUUCAUUGCCACGCCAUGACUACCGUGGGCGUAGCCCAGGGGGGCAGCAGCCCCCACAUCAAGUAAAACAGUAGAAAUACUUAAUUAACUGACUAAUCACGUUGGUUCUGCCCCCCCCUAACAAAAGUCCUGUUCUCCCAACCAAGUCCUGCCCCUCCUAACAAAAAUCCUGGCUACGUCCAUGAUGACUACUAAGAAGACCCUGGCCCAAUAGUGGUUCCUAAAACAGCUAAGUUGUGAUUCGUGGGGACCAUGAAAUGCUUGGAGGACUACAGUUUGCCUUGCAAAUGAAUUGGUUUCACCUGGACUUAGUUUCAGUGACUUCCUUGCAUUUAGCCUGCUUAAGGACCAGACUUCAUUACCUUUGUAUCUUGCUUUUUCUCUUCAAGGUUAAGAGCCUGUUGUGAAGAGGGUUAUCCCAUUUCAUUUUAACAGUCCUAUAAUGUCAGAGAAAUGUGGUAUCGCCCAAGGCAAACACACUAUUUCAGUGUUUCUCAACCAUGGGCUGGGAUCCACCAGUAUGCCUUGAGCCAUGUUCAGGUGGGCCUUCAGUACCUCAGCCAGCCCAAUACCUCACCUGCCUAUCCUGUCUUCUAGUCAGGUCAUUUCCUUAUGGUUAGACCAGGGCCAAUACCAGCAAUUCCCUGCAUGCUGAGCAAAGGUGGCCGAGAGACAGAAAUUUGGGAUGCGGCGGGGGGGGGGAGGGAGAGAAGGAUCUCCUUAUUCUGAGGGGAAAGGGCCCAGAGGAAGUGUUGAAGGAAAUUAGAAACUGAGAUAAAAGAUUGUUGUUAUUAUUGUUAUUAUUACUAUUAAAAAAACCCACCGGUUUACACACAACACACUAAACACUGGUGAAAUGUUCUUAGAUGCAGCUUCAAGGAAACUGGAAGUUUUCACUUCAGUUUUAGAUUACUCCAGACUGGUUAAUCUUAACUAUAGCUUGCUGAAACAAGUCAACUUCCUAAUCCUUGAGUUAAAGGUGGCUUGCUCAAACAGACCAUAGGUAAGAGUAACCACAGUUUGGGUCCAGAUGAUAUGGCACGAUGUGUUUCUUAUAAAACAGAAGUGAAAGCUUCUGAACCUGUGAUCAUUGAUGGGGGUGGGGUGGUGAACAUAUAUGUGAGGUUUGUCUAAGCCAGGCUUGGCCAAACUUGGCCCUCCAGAUGUUUUGGGACUACAAUUCCCAUCUUCCCUGACCACCAGUACUGUUAGCUAGGGAUGGUGGGAGUUGUAGUCCCAAAACAUCUGGAGAGCCAAGUUUGGCCAUGCCGGUCUAGGCUCAUCUUGGCCUUCAUCAGCAUGAAUGUUGUGGACCACAACACCCAACAUCCCUCAAUGCUGGCCAUGCUGACCAAAGCUGAUGGGAAUUAGAGUUCAAUAACAUCUGGAGGGCACCAUGUUGAAGAAAACUGCUGUAACUAUGGCUUAGCAUCACAUCUGAAGCAGCCAGUGAUUGAUGAUUCCUAACAAGCUUUGGUUGAUGUGCGUGCCUGCUAAAUCUACUCUCCCCAGCUCCUGAGCCAUCAAACUAAUGGGAAAUGAGGGUUUUUUUUAUAUUGCUUUUAUGCUGUUGGUGCUGUUACUAUGGGAAGAUCUUUAAGUGUCUCAGAAUCCCAAGGCUAAAACUAAUUUGUAGACCACACUUGAUUUGAGAGCUUGGAAGGUAUCAACAACGUGAAUUUGCACAUAACUUGAGUACAUUGCUUUCACAAAAGACAAGGACAGAUGCAUUUCUAAGACUAAACUAAAAGUUACUAUUGAGCCUUUCUAAUGGAAGCUCCUUUUUUCUUGGCAAGCCUCAGGUUAGAUACUUAAAAGCUAUUAUAUAUUGCAUUUACCACUUAACCUAUAUUAACUUUUAAUAUAAAGCACGUAGAUUUAAUCUUUCAUGUUCACAAUUUUUUAGAAAUAAAUUGCUGCCUUAAACACUCCACCUAAGAAAAGCUUCAUUGAAUUGGCUUAAUGCUCUAACUAAACACACAUCCUGUUUGUACCCUUUUUGGCUUUCCAUUAUUAACGAAUCCAGGCGCUGAAGAAAUUGAAGGUGAGGAAGGCAUAAAAGUCCACUUUAACAGCACUUUAGGAUUUCUUCUUAUCUGAAAUGGACAAGAAUUGUAACUGCAGAUUAGUAGUGGGUGGGGUGAGCGUUCAGUUAGAGCGAUUCUUUGCACACAUCAGUAGCGUUGUUUUGUGGUACUGUGGCGAGUGCAUGCUUUCUUAUGGAGCUGCACUCCUAAAAUAGUGGAUUCAAAACACUUGCUUUCAUUGGGUCUAGACCAAAGCAUUGUGAGACAAAGGGUGAGAUGGCACCUUCCUCCCAUUCCAUUGUGUGAAGUGGGAAAGGAGAAUAAUUAGAGUGGGGCGCCAUUCCUGGCACAACAAGAAACUCUUGAAUUGUCUCAGUCCUCUCUGAGACUAGAACUUUUCUGUCUCUCAAAACCAUUUAGGCUUUUCCAAUAUAUUCUUGUCUAUUCAGAAGUGCACAGGAUUGCAGUCUUCCAUUCAAAUUUGUGAAAAGGAUCGAAUCCUGAAAAGGAUCUGAUCUGCACCACUCACAUUUAUUUGGUCUCUAGCAUAUUUCCGUGUUUCUCUACUGUUGUAUUUCCAGUUCUACUUGGACUUGGAAGAUUGCACUGUAGUCAGAUAAAAAUGGUUCUACUACAUGCUCCUUUUGAGUGAGUAAUAGUUUGUUUACAGUGAAAACCGUAGAGGUCAGGUGUUCCCCAUUGACAGUGACAAGCAUGAAAUAUGAAAUGCCACUCUAAACAACAAAGUUGCUCUCAAAUCAUGAAGCAUACAGUUGAUUAGUUAAAAACCAGAGUAGGAAUUGAGUCACUUGUCUACUUUCACUUCUUCCAUCAAGCAAAGGUACCCUAGUUUGAUGCAACAGAAAUAUCAUUGUAAUAGAAUAUUGCUUCAAGUGGUUUAUACCACAAAGAUUAAACAGCACUAAGAGUCAGAUAUUUUAACAGUGUAGCAGCAGAUGGUUCAUUCUGUCAUCACAAGCCUGGCUGGAUUGAUUUAGAUCAAGGAGAGUUAAAUUGCAGGAAAAAAGGCCAAAAUACACCAUUGAUUUAAAUCAGAGUUUUCCACUUACUUAGAUAUUUCCUAUGUAAAAGUGCAUGCAAACUGGUUACUUAAAUGCUGAUUUUAAACUUCAGAGCCUUUAUACAACCUUGAAGGCCGCACUGUUUUUCCUACUGUUUAGAAAAUGAUGAAUAAUUGCUUUAUUUCAAAUAACUCAUAAUCCUGUCACACUGCAUUAGAAUUGCUUGCAUCAUGAAUACAGAAGAAUUAAGCCAAUUAUCAAGCAAGUUUUAAGGUCACUUAGCUGCUUUGGUGGGUGAAGCUUGUGACUUGCCAGUCCACCAGUAUCAAUGUCAUGUACUUGUAUGAGGACUGACAGAGUUAGUUUUUUCACAGUUCAUUCCCUUUAAAGAAAAGUAGUUGUUCAUAAGAGGAUCAUAGAGUUUUGAAGAGUGUUUAAAGUUCAGGUUGGUUUUAAAAUAUUGUAGCUUAAACACUAACAAUCAAAUCAAAUAGUUUUUUUUUAUUUUUGUCAGCAUCUUUUGUAGAAGUUGCAUUCUGAUCAAAAAUUACAAAGGAGAAAAGUAUAUGUCUGAAUUGGGAUUAGAAGAAAAAUACCUUGGUGCUGCUGAUGAGUUACUGCCUUGGCAUGUUAUAGAACUACACAAUCAUUCUUAGAGUUGCAAGGUGGGAUAAAAUGUUCAUCUCUGAAUCGAACAAAAGUGUCUGAUUCCACUGAUAUUAGAUAUGCUGUCCUAGAACCAGGUAUUUUCCUUUCAGGUUACUCUUCCAGUUACUGUGUUCUUCCAAACUGGGUGAUAUGGGUGCAUGUUUCUUUCUCUCAAUUGUCCUGGGUCAAAUGAUCUCUUUAAGUACGGCGUAUCGGGUUAAUUAAAUUGUCCUUGGAAUGAUGCUCUUGCAAAUUCUGCUGAUUUGAGGGGCCAAGCUGAACAGUUCUAUAUCCUCUAUAUUUCCUUCUGCUUUUUCUUUCCUUCCUUUUCUGCUCUUCAGCAACUUUGAAGAGCCAAACUAAAGUCUUUCUGGAGAAAUGUGGGUGGCAACAAUAUUAAGCAACACUUACUUGAGCAUGUGCUUGCUCUGUCUGAAGUAUACUUAGUCAUGGGAUAGAAGUCCCUGAUGUAUUAUUUUUAUUUCAAUUUGUAUGCUCCUUUUCCAUUUUAACUAAGCCCAGUGUGGCUCACAAGACAAAUGCAAUCAAUACAUCAUGACACUCAAAUAUUAGAUAAUUUCAAAAAGUAAUAUAUUGAAUAAUUCCCUUUGGUGACAGAAAAAUAAUGUAAAGCUAUACUUAUGUAAAUACUAAGGAAGGAAUUUGAUGUUUUGCUAAGAUUAUCGUUCUGUCGGGGCAAGUUGAGCUUGUCAGACGGAAUGAUCCCUCCUCUCCGCACUGCUCUGGGGAGUUGCUUAACUCCACAGCCAGUCGCGGGGUGGGGUGGGGUGGGGUGGAGUGGAGUGGAGUGGAGUGGGAAGUUUGCAAGGAGAGGGGAAAGCCCCAUUGUGCAAGCAGAAGUCCUUGCACAGCUGACAUGACUCAUUAGUUGAAUCCCACCCUUUCAGUGUUUAUACUAAAAUUUUCUGGCCUUUUAAGAAGAGACUUCCUGAAAACACUUUAGACCUGUUCUUAAACUGAUUAUACACUUGGAAGAAUGUACAAUCAGCUGGUAAAUUAACUGAAGCAACUUCAUAAUGAUUUUCUAGAUAUCAAGAAAAAUUGUGACUUUUCAUGGUGGGGCCAGACCAUUUAGUGUUGCCAGGAAUUAUUUCUAAUCAAUUAAUGUAAAAAGACCUUGGUUUUCUCUGAGAUAAAGAAAGUAUGAUUCCAUACAGCUGCUAAGUACACUAUGACUCUCCUAUUUGGCAAUGGGGAACCCCUGGUCCAUGGGCUACACCCACCUGCCCCACACCUCAUGUUAGGUGGCUGAGCCAAAAGGGGGUUUGCAGGCACCACUGAUAAGUUACUUGGCAGCCCCUGCAAAGACCUUUGCAAGGUGCUUUGAAGCCCUGACUACCAGCUAAUAGUCAGCAAUUCCUGCCGAAUCAGUUAAUGAUUUUUGCUUGGGACCUCCAUUCCAGAAUCUGUUCUCUAACAUGGGUCAAUAAUUCAAUGUGAAUAAAAGUUUGAAAAUGUGGAUCUGUUCUAGACAAAUGCUUAAAUGACCAUUAGGCUAUGAACUCUCCUCGACCUGUGUUAGAGGAUAAUAUAACUGGUGGCUUGUUGGGUGGGCUGACAGCUGCUUAUACAUGGGUAAGGCCACUUAGCUGAUUAAAAAUAUUCUGUUGGAGAUCAGUGGUCCGGAGUCCAUCAGCAGGAUGCCACACAUCACACACCUUCCUUUUCUCAGAAGGAUUGUGAGCUUUCUUGCAAGCAGGCCUGAAUGUCACCCCUGCUGUUAAAAACAGUACAAAGCAGAUGUGUUAUUACAGAGUUGUUGUGAUAUGACGUGAGGUGAAGGAAGUCUGCACAGAGAAGCAGUUCAGCCCAUGUGUUGACAGCAUUAAGUGGAACUGUCCCUGGAGGCUGGAGUCCUCUUCAGAAUUGAGCAACUGUCGUAAUGGAUCUAGCAAAACAGAAGUGCAAAGGGACCAUCCCCUUCUUGAUGACUCAGCUGUUUGGCAAGCAUGUGCUUGUUGUGAGUCUCAGAAGCUCCUUUUCCUGUCAUUGGUUAGUAUACCUUGUGUGGUCUUACGCCUCUGGUGGUUUUCUCUCUUCCUCCUUCUCCCUCCCCCAGAAUAUCGUAGGGGGCUAGCCUUUGGUCAUGGCUGGAGCUAGCAUGCCCAAUAGCUGACUAUUGAUGCAAACUGGAGGGCUUAUAUUGGGAAGGGGAUUUCUUAGGAGUAGCUUUGCAGCUUUUAAGUGCUUCUACAUCAGCAGUGGGUUGGUUGAGCUACGGUGCCUGGAGCUGAGGGGUGACAUUUCAACAUCUGCAGGGCCACUAAAGCUUUUGAGAAUUUCUGCAUAUGCAGGUAUCAUUACAUGUGUCUAGCAGGUCACAGACAGUUUUGCAGACAAAAAAGUUUGCAUCUGUUCUGACACUGAAGUCAAUACAGAAGAUGUGUUAAGAUUCUCUUCUGAUUGGCUUUUAUUGGAUAAGUGUCAAUUACUGACACUCAAGGUUGUGGACAAGAUGCUUGUUCUGAUUCUCUUGCAACUUUCAUGCAGCUUACCCCAGGAGGGACGUCGGAGGAGGAAUGUAAUAAUUUUUGUUUUCCCAGAUUGCUUAGCCAUGUUUGGUACCAUUGGCCCUGGUAGCCCCCUGAUCCAACUGGGGUUCUGAGUGGGGAACAUUGCUUUGCAGUAGUUCUACUCAUACUUCACCUGCGGAUUCCCGGGAGCCUUCAUGCAUCAUUCUGUAAAAGUUCCAUUCAGUCUCUCAUUCCUUAACUUUCACAUUACACUUCUGGUGAAGGAUUUCUGAAAUGUGUAUUUUGAGUGGAUUAUCAUUGGUAUCUUAAUGAUGCCCAGCUGUUAUUCCUUUCCAUCUUAAUCAAGUAUGAUGGUAGUCUUUGAAUGACCGACCACCUGAGGCCUAUGAUGGGUUGGAUGGAGGGGAAAUAAGCAAAAACAAUCCAUGUAUGAAGGAGUUUCUUUUGAUGAUCAAAAGUGGUUGCACUGUCUUUUGAGAAGAGAUUUCACUCCUAAACUGUUGACCUGCAUUUUAAAGGGAAUGCAGUUUGUGGCUCCUGGAUUCUCAGAGGCUAUUGCUUAAGAAUUUUAUUUGCUGCUUCUGUUGUGCCAGCUGCCAUGGUGACCUUUUUACUAGAGCAGUAAUUUCCAAACUUUCCCCCAAGGACCACUUGAAAAAUUGUAGAGGGUCCUGGAGGACCGCUUAAUGCUUUUUCGGCCUAUUGUAUCAACCGUACUGUACUGUGCUAGAUGCUGCAUGGUUUUUCAUUGUAUUUUUACAGAUGCACCUCAGACAACUUGAAUGAAACUCACAGACCACUGAUGGUCUACAGACCACAGUUUGGGAACCCCUGGAUGCAGUAAGGAAAUUUCAGUGAUAUAGAAUGAAGCAGCCCAGUAGGUUGUUGGUUUCCGGGAGUAUACAAAAUUUAAUAUUUGCAAGAAUUCAACUAGCUAUCUGUUAGAGCUGAUAGCUUCUCAAAAGCUUUAAAGAACCCACAUUAGAUACACCUUCAGAUAUCUUCAUCUGAUUGCUGACUUGCAGUAAGGAAUCUCUUUGCAGAUGCAACCUACAUAAGAGGCUGGAUUGCCCUUGACAGCUGGCAGAACAUUCUGUUGGUGCCCCACACUUCAUCGAGUUGAUCUAUCCCUAGUUAUCUACUAGGAUUUGAGAGUCAGGCCACUUACACUGUCAGUGCUUAAGACUUUUAGCCUCCUAAAUGUGUCGCUGCUGUUUGAUUUCUGGUAUUGUUCCUGCUGCAGAUUUCUCCCAUAGCCUGAAUUUUGAAAUACGGUAUUAGCUGCCAUUUACCAAUGUUUAUCUGCUCUUUGCUUUAUGGUGACAUUGUGCUGAUGGUUCCCAUUGUUGGAUUUUAAAUUGCUUUGAUGUACUCCACUCUGGGAUCACUUAAGAUGAUGGGCAGGUAAGAAAUAAUUCAAAUUAAGAAACAUGGGAGAGGGUAGACACAGGGAGGAGAGAAAUCUCUUUUCGAUAGACAAUUGCAAAGGCAUAAAUUCAACCUUCCUGUACUUGAUGAAACCUUUGAAGCUCUGCUUACACUUGUUUCUUGUAAUUUUGCACCAUUCUGAACAAUCGUGACCUUGACCAACGUGAUACUGAAUGUCUGUCACAUUAGGCCCUUGGUUAUAGCAGGCUUUUAGCCUGCAAGGCUACUAUACUCUCUCCAAAAAUACGCUGUAGUCCUUGUUAACAAUAUGUGUGGCCCUCUGGGAUUCUGAUAUGUACAGUGUUCUAAACUGUGGUUAAUGUCAAGAAUUUAAAAUCCCCCUGUGUGAGCCUUAUUUCUCUUUUAAUGACUAAGGCUUAUUAUCACUGUGGCAAAUGUCCAAAUAACUGCCCAAUCUGAAAUAUUGGCUUGAUAGGCGACAUGAACACCCUCCAAGGGCUGCAUCCACAUAAAUAAAACAUGUACAAAUUUGUUGAAUAGCUGACAGAAUCGGUACCCAGUGGUUUACGGAAGUUUACGGAAGCUCUGCAAGUUGCCCUGUAGUACGGAUGUUAUGGAUUUGCCCUGAAGUACUGCUGUGGGCAGUUUGAACUUCCUUUUUGUAAUGCCUCUAGCAGCCUUUCUCAACCUUGGGUCCCCAGAUGUUGUUGAACUACAACUCCCAUCACCCCUAGCUAGCAAGGCCAGAGCUCAGGGAUGAUUGGAGUUGUAGUCCAACAACAUCUGGGGAUCCAAGGUUGAGAAACACUGCUUAGAGUUUAAGACCUGGCAGCACUAAUUCCGAGAAUUCUACCAAUUCUCUUACAAACGUCUCUUUUAUCCCCGUAAUCAUGGGUUUGGCAACACACAUUUGGCAGAGUGAUUCAAGGUUAUUUUUCUGUCAUAAGUAUCUGGUAGCGUUGCUGAUCAGUCAGUGGAAAUAUCACACAUUCGUGAUUGUCAGGGGUUCAGGAGCAGAGGCAAGGGCAAGGGAGGAAACAGAGAGCGAGGGGGAGGAGGCAGAAGAAAAGAUGAGUGAUGACGACGACCCGAGAUCUCCGAGUCUUUCCAGUGAAUCAGAAGAUUCACAGAAAGGAGCACCAGUGGCCAGGGCAAGGGGGAGCCUAGGGGACGCCCCAGGAAGAUAGAGCCAGAGGGGACUCAGAGGGGAGCAGUUGGAAAUCGGGACCAGCGUCACCGCCAGAGAGCAGGGAAGAGGAAGGGAGCCAGGGAUCAAGCGCUGGCAGCUCACAACAGGGGGGAGGGCACGAGUCAGGAGUGGCCACACCUCCAUCGGGGAGCGAAGAAACGGUCAGACGGAAGGUGGAAGGUUGGGCGCGCGCGCAAGUUCAAAUGCACAGGAAGGUGGCACAGUAGGCAGCCCGGAAAGGAGCCAGGUCCUAAAGCCCGCCGAAAGGAGGGAGAAGAGUCAGGGGGGUCAGCGUCAGCGUCAGAGGAAUCCCGGAAAGAAGAGACCCCAGGGGGCAGAGGGACCCAGAGAAGAACAGUCAGGCGGAAAAGGUGGAGCAGGGCUAGGAUAUUAAGUUGGUGUACAAGGGGCGGAGACUCAGACGGAGCUUCGCCGGUCUAACCAUGAGACGUAGAGUUGCACGCAGCAGUUUGAGAAUGGAAACUGUAACUCAAUAAAGACUUUUGUUUAAUGAUCGCUGGCUAGCGUGAUCCUCUGUGAGCUAGGAUCUGGAAGCAGCUCUGACAGUAAGCUCCGUCUCUAUAAAUUGUGGGCAUCUACAGCCUCGCGGAGAGGAGAGAAAGCGGGUGCCUACUAGCGAGCUCACGAAAGGCAGACAAUAUGACGGCCGAACAGCAGAUAGCGGAACUCAGAGAAGCAGUGUCACGACUGAAUGCCGAGGCUCUUGCAUCCAGGAAGAGAGAGGAGGACGCAGCUGCCGCCUACAGGGAUCUCCAGGUCAGGUUGGAAGUGCUUACGAAGCAAGGGCAACUGACACCCAAACCGGAGGGGAUUGGGUUGGGGAGACGAACAGGCGGUCUGGUCUCUCACUUCGAUGGGAAUUUGCAACAGUACCCCAACUUUAGAGCAGAUGUAAUGUGUGCACUGCAACUGCUGGACAAAGACUUUAGAGAUGAGCAAGAGAAGGUGGGAUUCAUCAUGUCCCAUUUGCAUGGAGAUGCUAAAGCAUGGCUGCGCAAUUUGUGGAGAGAUAAGGAUCCGGCGCUCCAAAAUGCGGAUGCCUUUAUUAAAGCGAUGGAUGGGUGCUUUUUAUCAAGCAUUGACGUGGAUCUUGCUCGGCAGCAGAUACAUGGACUGAAGCAAGGGAGGGCCAGCGUAAGGCAGUACCAUGCCCGCUUUUCGCUUUGGUCAGUGCUCUGGAAUGGGACAGAGAUUCGGCUCCUGUAAGAGACCUGUUUUGGGAGGGAUUGCACGGCUCGGUUAAAGAUGAAAUUGCGAGGGGGGAGAGACCCCGGACCACGCAGGAGAUCGUUCAGAGGGCGCUGGCGGUGGGGGUGCGGCUGGAAGAACGUCCGUGGAGCAGGGACGAAGGGCGUGGAGGGCGCGAACCAGCCAGGGGCUCCUCCUUCCUUCCCAGAGAAGCAGCGCGUGCGCAAUCCACGCCUCCGCCAGGAGGAGGAGCGGAACCUAUGGAGGUUGGAGGUGCAAGGGCUCAGUCAGCAGCCAGAGCCCUAGCACCGGCAGCAGUGAGCGAAGCCUCCUAGAGGGAACAGGAAGUGUUACAUCUGCGAUGCUCCACAGCAUAUGGCGAAAGAGUGUCCCCAGAGGCUCCACAAGCACACUGCAGCUUCAGCAAUGGUAACUGCAGCAACGCAGCAAGGAGAACCACAGCAGGGAAACGACGGAGUCUGGUUGGAGGAAGAGGCACUGGGGCCCAGCCAGACGUGUCAGUGAAGCAGUCCCCAGAGAUUUUACAGCCCAUGGACCCCUCCCGCCCAAACCAGUAGUGAGGCUCACCGCGUCGCUCCAGCUGCCCAAUGGAAUCACCAUGGACGUGCCAAUCACCAUUGACUCCGGAAGCAAUGCGGACUUUAUAGGGCAGGACUUUGUCGACCGGCACGCUAUACAGUUGCUGCCUGCCACGCUGCCCCUGCAGGUUGUCACGGUGGAUGGCAGGGAGCUGCUAGGGGGGCAAGUGGUGAAGCAGACGCCACCAAUGGUGAUGCGGCUUGGGAAUCACAGGGAAAUCAUCAGCUUCAAUGUCACUCAACUAUCGGACACGCCCAUUGUAUUGGGCAUGAGUUGGCUGGACAAGCACAGCCCGACGCUGGCUUGGUACCAGAGGCAGCUGACCUUCGGCUCUUCCUUUGCGCUGAACACUGCAUCGUGCCCCGGCAGGAAGGAGAGGAAGAGGAGUCACAGCUGCAGCUAGGCACGCUGCAAGCGGUUCCCCACAAGUACGCAGAAUUUUUGGAGGUUUUCUGCGAGAAGGAGGCAGACAGGCUACCCCCACAGACCAUAUGACUGCAAAAUUGACCUGCUGCCGGGCGGCGCUGCCCAAAGGAAGCUGUAUUCCAUGUCUGAGGACGAACUGCAGGAACUCAAAGAGUUCAUAGAUCAUAAUUUGGAGCGCGGUUUCAUCCGAGAGUCCAAGGCAGCGGGGGCAGUCCGGUAUUCUUUGUUAAGAAGCGGGACACGCCCCAGAAAAGACUUGUAGUGGACUAUCGCAUUUUGAACAGCGUGACCAAGCCAUCGGACUUCCCCAUGCCCCGAAUCGACGACCUCCUCGCAAAGGUACGGAAGGGCAGCGUGUUCACUAAGUUGGACCUGCGAGGGCGUACAACCUCAUUCGCAUGCGGGAAGGAGAUGAGUGGAAGACAGCCAUGUUCACGCCCCUGGGCACCUACGAAUAUAGAGUUAUGCCUUUUGGAUUGCAAAAUGGUUCCCACGUUUUCAAGCGUUCAUGCAUCACGUGUUGGCGGGGCUCCUCUACAAGACGUGCGUCUGUUUCUUGGAUGACAUCCUGAUCUUUUCGGAAUCGCAGCAGGAGCAUGACAGACACGUCAAGGAAGUGCUGAGCAGGCUACAGCAACAUAGGCUUUACGCCAAGCUGGAGAAGUGCCAAUUCGACGUGACGGAGGUGGAUUUCCUGGGCUACAAGUUGUCUGAUAAAGGGCUCGCCAUGGACAGCGCCAAGGUCCGAGCAGUGUUGGAUUGGAAAAGCCCACGCAACCGGAAGGAGGUCCAACGGUUUGUCGGCUUUGCGAACUUCUAUCGCAAGUUUAUCAAAGGCUUUGCCAUGCAGACAGCGGCCAUCACGGACACGCUCAGCUCCAAGAAAAGAAGUUCAUCUGGACAGAGCAGGCGGAGCAGUCCUUUCAGGCACUCAAGCGUCUCUUCGCGUCGGAAGGGCAACUGCUUCAUGUCAACCCCAGCAAGCCGAUGAGGGUGGAGACAGACGCUUCGGACAGAGCCGUGGGAGCAGUCCUGCUGCAGAAGGACCCGCAGGGGGUUGGAGGCCGGGAGCGUUUUACUCAAGGAAGCUCAGCAAGUCCGAACAGAACUACACCAUCUGGGACAGGGAGUUGCUGGCCAUUCAUGCAGCGUUCAAAGCGUGGAGGCACUUCCUGAUCGGCGCCAAGCACACGGUGCAGGUCUGCACGGACCACAAGAAUCUAGAGCACUGGCGCACGGCACAGUUCCUGAACCAGAGGCAGAUACGUUGGGCUGAGUUCUUUGCGAAUUUCGACUUCCGAAUAGAGUAUGUCCCGGGGACACCAACAUCAUGGCGGAUGCUCUCUCCCGUAAGCCGCAGUAUCUGGAGGAGGCAACGCCAGCGGCCGCCAUGCACAUCUUCGCACCGACAGUGUGGGCGUGCACAGCGGCAACAGUUGACCUGGAGGCGGUGCGACGAGCGUUGCAGGAUGACUCCUUCGCGCAAGCAAAGAUGGCAGAGGCGCACAGGGGCACGGCAGCGACCGACGAGUUCCAGCUGCGAGAUGGUUUGCUCAUCCGUAAAGGGGCCAUCUACGUGCCGGGAGACGAACUUCGCGCCAAGGUACUGCAGCAGCUGCACGACGCGCCCACUGCCGGGCACUUUGGCAAGGAGAAGACGGUGGAAUUAGUAGCCAGAGACUUCUGGUGGCCAGGAAUGAGAGGGAAGUCGCGGACUACGUGGCGAGGUGUGACACCUGCCAGAGGGCCAAACCAGUGCACAGACCGCCGGCCGGAUUGCUGGAACCGCUGCAAACUCCGUUCGAACCAUGGGAGAGAGUGGCCCUGGACUUUGUCACGGAUCUGCCCAGCUCGGGGGCAAGACGGCUGUGCUGGUGGUGGUGGACUUGUUCUCCAAGAUGGCACAUUUCAUUCCGUGUGCGAAGGUGGCCACGGCGGAACAAACCGCCAAACUGUUCAUAGACCACGUGUUCAAGGUUCACGGUCUGCCGCGGUCUAUUCUGUCCGACCGAGGGCGACAGUUCAUCUCGAACUUCUGGCAGAGGCUGAUGGGCUUCCUGAACGUCAAGAUCAACCUGGCGUCGGCUAGACACCCGCAGACCAAUGGGCAAGCGGAGCGGGUCAAUGCCAUCAUGCAGCAGUACCUGAGAUGUUAUGCGAAUCAACAGCCUGCGACGUGGGUGGAUUACCUGCCUCUCGCCGAGUUCGCCUACAACAACACGAAGCACGUGUCCACGGGGGUCACGCCGUUCUUCGCCAACAACGGGAGGCACCCCAGAACCUUCCCGGGACUGGAAAGAAUGGGGGAGGGAGCCGCAGACAGCAGAUGCAUUCGCGUCGGAGUUGCAGGAGGUCCACGAUCAGCUGCGGCGGCACCUGGAGCUGGCUAAACACGCAUACAAGGUACAAGCGGACAAACACAGAAGGGUGGGCGAAGAGAUCCAUGUGGGAGACUGGGUCUGGUUAGCAGCCCACGCAGUGUCGGCCAGGUCGUUGGCGAAGAAGAAACUAGGGCAUAAACAACUGGGGCCCUACCAAGUCGAAGAACAGGUCAACCCGGUGGCUUUCAGGCUGGCUCUUCCGGAGGGUUCCAGGAUGCAUCCGGUGUUCCACAGAUCGGUGCUCACUCCAUACAAGGCACCUCACAGGUUUCAGGAACCAGGAACGGCACCGGGUCCGCUCCGAGAGAGAACCGGGCAGAGUGGCACGGGAGGAGCGCAUCAACGAAGCCACGGAGAUUUUGGACUCCAGAUGGGGGAAGAGGGGGUAGAAUACCUUCUCGCCAAGGAGGGCACCCGGCCAGUGCCAACAGCUGGGUGCCGGGCUACGCUUUAGGCGAACCUCUGCUCAAAGAAGAGUUUCAUGCCCUCUUCCCACAUAGGCCAAUGCCAGCAGACUUUUUCGACGACUGGCUUUUCACGCCCACGCUUUCAGCCAGCACGUUCGGGGGUUCGACUCGGACGAGGAACCGACACGAGACGCCCGUUCCCCGGAGGGGUCACCCUCGGGAUCUGCUUCAGAACCCUCGUAUUGGUGGGAUGAUCGACCAGAGGAGCAGUUCCGCAGAAGGUGGCUGGAGGGUCCAGGACGAGCAACGUCUCCAGAAGGUAACGAGAGAGAGACGGACAUGGACAUUUUCGGGGACGACCCGGGUUUCGAGCACGGCGGCACAGAGAUGGAAGCGGAGGUGACCGUCGUCAACGAGAGCAGGGAGGAAGAACCGGAAGACUUCAGAUGGCGGCCCGCCACGGGAAGCGAACUGUAUCCGACAUUCGUCCCCUGACACGGCAGCACCCAGAUCCCGCACCGGAAGGAGGGGAGGGGGAAGAGGGGCUUCGAGGGGGUUGGAUGUCAGGGGUUCAGGAGCAGAGGCAAGGGCAAGGGAGGAAACAGAGAGAGAGGGGGAGGAGGCAGAAGGAAAGAUGAGUGAUGACGACGACCCGAGAUCUCCGAGUCUUUCCAGUGAAUCAGAAGAUUCACAGAAAGGAGCACCAGUGGCCAGGGCAAGGGGGGGGCCUAGGGGGACGCCCCAGGAAGAUAGAGCCAGAGGGGACUCAGAGGGGAGCAGUUGGAAAUCGGGACCAGCGUCACCGCCAGAGAGCAGGGAAGAGGAAGGGAGCCAGGGAUCAAGCGCUGGCAGCUCACAUGGGGGGGGAGGUCACGUGUCUGGAGUGGCCACACCUCCAUCGGGGAGCGAAGAAACGGUCAGACGGAAGGUGGAAGGUUGGGCGCGCGCGCAAGUUCAAAUGCACAGGAAGGUGGCACAGUAGGCAGCCCGGAAAGGGAGCCAGGUCCUAAAGCCCGCCGAAAGGAGGGAGAAGAGUCAGGGGGGUCAGCGUCAGCGUCAGAGGAAUCCCGGAAAGAAGAGACCCCGGGGGCAGAGGGACCCAGAGAAGAACAGUCAGGCGGAAAAGGUGGAGCAGGGCUAGGAUAUUAAGUUGGUGUACAAGGGCGGAGACUCAGACGGAGCUUCGCCGGUCUAACCAUGAGACGUAGAGUUGCACGCAGCAGUUUGAGAAUGGAAACUGUAACUCAAUAAAGACUUUUGUUUAAUGAUCGCUGGCUAGCGUGAUCCUCUGUGAGCUAGGAUCUGGAAGCAGCUCUGACAGUGAUGAAUACCCUUUCGCUUCUAAUAAUUCAGAAUGGCAUCUUGUAUCAAAGCCCAAUCUAUGAGUACUUGAUCUUUCUAGUGCUGUGUUUGUAUAGGCUACAAUCAGUUAGCACUUAUUCUAGUUAUCUUUUAGAAAAAGGGCCUUUUUUAGAACCUCCCUUCAGUUUCAUAUCUCAGAACCUAUUAAAGGACUUCUUGUUGCUAUACAUCAUUUUGACUUUCCCACUUGCAUGCAUCUUAUGGCAUGUCAUGCAAGAUGGAAAAAACUCAGGUUUGGGAGGAACUGAUUAAUAUACCUUCCAUUUUUAAAAUGGAACUACCAUUGAUGGUGUGUUAAGGGUUGUUGACUCAUGAAGAGAGUAGUAUAAGAGAACUCUCGACUCAUCUAGAUAAUUUCACUCCAUCCUCCAGUGCUUGCCAUGCACUUAAAAGGAAGGUCAGUUUUGAAUCUGGUUUUAUAUAGUGUAACAUCUUUGCAUAGUAUUUGAAAAAGGAAUCUUGCCACUUAAACAUGUUGGGAAGUGAUGAUCCUGGUCAGUGGUGGUGGUAUUUUUCCAACAUUCAUAACUGAUACAAGUAAAGGUGUAUAAAUGAAGAUCAGGGUGGGGGGGCGGACUGGCUUUUCCAGAUGGAAAUUCUCCUUGGGGGGGGGGGGUGUGAGUAUGUGAUGGCCCACACAUAAGCACUUUUUUUUUUUUAUUUGUUGAAAGAUAUUGCCCCACCUGUUAGUCAAGAUGGAUGAGUGGCUUACAAAAAUGCUUUGGCUUCCUCUUAAAUUUAAACCUUUUUAACAGCAAUCACAUCUCUUUAGCAGAAUUAAGAAAGGUUCACCAGGUAUCCAAAUAAUGUUAACCAGAGAGAAUCUGCCAGCAGGAGGCAGUAGAAGAGCAUUGUAACUUCUCCUAAACUCCUUCAUAAUGUGUAGGUGGCACAUGCAAGAGAGUCUCAGAUAGGCUUGUUUUACAUCAUACACCUCUGCCUGAUAGCUAACUAUAGAAAGUUUAUUGGGAGCACCUGGUUGCUUUUAGAAGCACCCACACCUCCCUGUUGACAACUGAGUUGUAGGAAGGCUAGCUACUAUGAAGGUGGCAUCAAAAUUGGUGUAAGUUACACAAUGGCUUUGUCCAGAGACUCUUCAGGGAGUCUUUUCUUGCAGGUGUGUUAUAGAUUUACAGUGGUACCUCGGUUUACAUACGCUUCAGGUUACAUAUGCUUCAGGUUACAGACUCCGCUAACCCAGAAAUAGUGCUUCAGGUUAAGAACUUUGCUUCAGGAUGAGAACAGAAAUCGUGCUCCGGCGGCGUGGCGGCAGCAGGAGGCCCCAUUAGCUAAAGUGGUGCUUCAGGUUAAGAACAGUUUCAGGUUAAGAAUGGACCUCCGGAACGAAUUAAGUACUUAACCCGAGGUACCACUGUAUGGGUUUACCUUGAGGUUGUUUAGGACAUGGAACCUUCUAGUCUAUUUUUCAGUGUGCAAAUGCAAAUCUCCUGCGAAGAUUGUUGGUAAAAAUGUGAGGAAGGUUGGUGUUUAAUCCCAGUGUUUCAGAAAGCAGCUGAUGAGGUGGUUACAAAUGAAUUUGCCACUGAUGUGAAUCCUGAACCAGAUACUUAACACUUGGCUACAACGCUGCAUUGACUCUUAAGGGCCAGUAUGUCAAGUGAGCCAGUGUAGCGGUUAGUUCUGGGCUAGAGCUAGAGACACCCAGGAUCUAAUCCCUACUCAGCCAUGAAGCUGGUUAUGAAGGUAAAGCAGGGCAUCACGGGAAACCUAUGGCUCUUUAGGAGAUUACAAUUUCCAAUUCCCACCAGCCCCAGCAAGCAUCACCAGUGGCAAAGGAGGAUGGAAAUUGUGGUUAAACAGCACCUGGAAGGCCACAGGUUCCCCAUCCCUUAAUGCUAAAUCAUCUUGAGCUCUCUGGAAGAAGGGUGGGAUAUAAACUUUGUAACUAAAUGUCAACAUAAAUAGGUGUUUGUUUAAUAAAAAACACCCCUGAGUUGCAACAAAAUAGGUUUGGGAGGUCAGAGCCUAAACUGCACCAUUGAUCCUACAUUAUAAUGUUGUAAAAGCAUACAAUUCAUCAGACUGGGACCUUUGUGUUGCCUUUCAUUACUUGAGAUGGAUCCAAGUGUAAUCUAGCCUUGCUGACACAUAUAAAGUUACACCUUCUCUGUCCUUGAGGCUCUGAUGUAGUUUUAGCAGUUGGUCUGCUGGAAUGAAUUGCUGCUGCCUCAGAGCAAAUUAUCGACUUCAAGGUUGGAGCAGUGCAGCCCUUAUCACUUAUGCAUAUCUCAUUGGAAUAGAUCAGUAGUCUUCAGACCUGGGACCCGCCUUUAACCCAAACAUGUAUUGAAGCCAUUUCUUAAUUCUCACCACCACCACCAUAUUUGUAUGAAGUUAGCACUGCUGUUGCAACCAUGUAGAAGCUACCAACCCACCAGUUGAAUAUCAGUGAUGUAGAAUAUCUCAUUUGCCAUCUUGAAGAUAUCCUGCAAGAAUCAUGAAUAGCUUUUUUAGCUGCUCGGUUCUAUAUUUCAAGUCAUUUCUCCCUCUCACAUACUCAAUACAGUGGUACCUCGGGUUACAGGCGCUUCAGGUUACAGAUUCGGCUAACCCAGAAAUAGUACCUCAGGUUAAGAACUUUGCUUCAGGAUGAGAACAGAAAUCGCGCUGCGGCGUCAGCAGGAGGCCCUAUUAGUUAAAGUGGUACCUCAGGUUAAGGACAGUUUCAGGUUAAGAACGGACCUCCAGAAUGAAUUAAGUUCUUAACCCGAGGUACCACUGUACUUGGUUUUAAAGUAAUUGCAAAAAAAAAAGAAGAAAAAGGGGGGGAAAGCACAGUGGUUAGGAUGAAUCCAGGAUAAAUUCACUGCUGCAGACUGUGUACUAGAAGCAUGUAUCUGAAGUGUUAACCAGUGUGGCAGAAAAUCUCACGCUUCUUUUCAGUUCUCUAAGCAGCUGUCUUAAGAUAGCUUAUAUCUUAACAGGAAACGACUUGGCAAGAGUGAAACAGCUAAAUGUGUUGGGAGUCUAAAUCAUGAUUGUGUCAGAAGUUCAAAGGAGGAAAAAUGGAGGGGUACCUGUAUUGGGCCAGCUCAUUUUACCUAACACUGUACUUCUAAGCCUUAUAUAUUGCUUGGAGAUUAACUUUUAUAGGCUCCUGUACCAAGAAAUAAGAAUUUCCGAGGCACUCCUUUCACUGCUUUAUCUUAACUUACUGAAUAAAAGAGCAGUUAACAAGAAGGAUUAAGUAACUUGAGCAAAUGGAAUGUUAAAGGUGAAAAUCUCACCUGCAGAAAACACUAGAACUCUACAGGCCUUACACACUUACAGUGACUUAAUUUGGAACUCUGCUAAGAAGCCAAAAGGUGAAAUUAGAGAGCAAUAAUCCACUGUUUUUAUUCUGGGAAUCUUUACUCCUGAGCCCUGGGGAAACUGUAUAGUGGUGUUCCCUGCCUGGGACAAAAAUGCCUUUACAAAAGCCAGCGUCUUUCAAUGCAAGCAUGACUUUUUAGCAUAAAGGAACUCGUUAAGAGAAAAAAUAUACCUUAAGGCAUUAAUACAAUGAACAGUGCUGUGCUUACCUGGGAAAAUGCAAGGGCCUUCCUAAUUCCCCUUGGGUUGGGUUUCACACCAUGUACAUACAGAUGUUGCUGUACAUGAUGGAGCACAGUGGGAGGAUUUCAGCGUCACACUAAGGUGAUCGUUUAGUCAGGGCAAGCAUUUUGGAUUGCCAUACUGAGCAAUCUCCCUUCUCCUCCCCCCUCUACUCUUCCAAGGGUUCUCCUGACCUCCUGAGCCAGUUUUGGGGUGGGGGUGGGGGGAAUAGAAGGUUUAAUACCAAGAGCUCAUGGGUUGUAUUCAACAUAGUGCUAAGGCAAGCGUUCUCCUUGCAUGAUGGGAUGUUCUCUCCUCUUCCCCCCUGCAUCCUCCCAAAUCUGUUCUGGGUUCCCCCACCCCACCAGAUUUGGGGAUGGUGCGGGGGGCAGGAAGGGGAAGUCCUGUUGCACUAGUGGGCAUCCUUGCAAACGUGUGCAACUAUGCCAUGACCCAUACAACAGGGACUCUUAAUGAAUUUCAGUGGUUGCUAAUCUACCACUGAACCAGAUUCAAGGUUGCAUUGUGGAUAUGUUUGAACUAGUUCUGUUUAGAUUUCUUUUUAAUUUUUAGGGUACAACUUUUGUUAAAUAAUGCCCAAAUGGCUUGGGGCCCAGUUUACUUCAGGAACACAUCUCUUCUAACAUCUAGCCCAUGAAAUGAGAUCUGCUGGGGGCGGAGAGCCCAGCCUAAAGGGAAAAUGAGGGAUCAGUUGUCCACCUGAAGGUUUUCUUAACAAUAUCUCCCUGGCUGGAGGGUAGGCUGGUGCCAACAUCAUACACGUUUUGGUGCUGCCUGAAGACCUGUUUUCUCAGGCUGGCUUUUAAAAACAGUAACACAUGCCUGUGUACUGCGAAGCUUUUGCUAUUGUGUUAUGUAUGCAUUUGUUGUAACUUGUCCUAGGGCUUUCCAACCAAGUACAGGAUGUAAGUUUUAAAUAAUAAUAAUAAAGUGUAGGAAAAGGCAGAUUGACAGUGUUGCUCUGUACAUCAAAGAGGACAUCAGUCUAGAAUUCAACAAGCUAUAAAUUCUGGAUUCGGGCCCAGUUUGGAGCAAGCUUCCUUAGUCAUGCUGGGUGACCUAACCAAGAAGUGGACAGAGGGAAUGAUGGGUGCUUCAAGAGUGAAGUCUACAGGCUCCCUGAAAUGAAAUGAAACUUUGUGCAGAAAAGUGUUCAGAAAAUGUUCUAGAGUGAGGCUAUGAUUAGUUGUUAGUAUGAAUUUUUUAAUGAUUAGGAUAGGCAGUGCUGCAAUGCCAGCAUCAGCCUGGAGAUAAGUACUUAUCAUCCAGAAGGGGUAGGACAGAUCCUUACCUUUUGUGGGCAACAAUUAGAGCUAAAAUAGUAAAGUCUCCAUACUUAGCCCUCACAGCGAUGUUAAGUUUGGCACUUGGGCUUGUAGCGUAUGAGCAAUACAUCCUGAAUCCAGUGUUGGGAAGGAAGACAGUCUCAGCAUAAUCAAGCCUGCGUACUCUAUUGUUGAUGAACAGUGAUGGGACAUUUCCCCCCCUUUCCUUUUCUUUAGACAAACCUUCCUAUUUUCAAAUUGAAGGAGUCUUGUGUCAGGCGAAGAUACAGUGACUUUGAAUGGCUUCGAAGUGAACUAGAAAGAGAGAGUAAGGUAAGGCAAAACAUUUUCGUGGAUACAAAGGUGUUGUGGCACUGAAAAAGCUUGCCCUGGGCUGUUAAGUAAUGUGGUGUCAGUGGUGGUGGUAAGGAUUGCCAACUCAGUUCUGGAAUUUACUGUGACCCGAGCACAGGCCAUUCUGAAUCCUUGCAGCUGUGUUUAAGCUGGGCACUUCUGUGCAUCCCAUAUUAAAUCAGCCAUCCAUCUCGAGUGCCAUGUCUAAGGAAAGGGUACAGCCCAUGUACUCCUAAAACAAAUUUUCUAGGCACUGUAUUAAAAGCUAGAUGCUCUCUGCAUAAAAUAAGCAGUCUGUUUUUCAGUGUGUUAGUAAUUUAGAUCACAACUGUCUUUCAGGUUGUAGUGCCUCCCUUGCCUGGAAAAGCUUUUUUCCGCCAAUUGCCUUUUAGAGGAGACGAUGGGAUAUUUGAUGACUCUUUUAUAGAGGAAAGGAAGCAAGGGCUUGAACAAUUCAUAAACAAGUAAGUGCACUAUUCUAUUUCUUGAGUUGUGUAGAAAUGUCAGUUGUGUAAAGGCAACCACAUUAUACAUGCUUACAUCUGUCACUGGCUCCGGUGGGUUUAGCAGUGCAGUUGCUCUCAUACCACGCAAAGCUCAGUUCACCUUUUUAAAUGCUCCUGAACUACUUUCAGGGUUGAACUUGCAUCUAAGCGCUAUCAGCAUCCAAGCUGAACAGUGUACAAACGCUUUAACCUUUGCUGCAAUGAUUGAAGUAUUUGUCGUGACCUGGGUUUUGUUUCAGUUUUGCUUAAUUUAUGCAAAUUGCUAAAAUUACAGCAUGUAAAGAUAGAAUCAUACAAAUAAGGCUGGGGGGAGGGGCUGCGAUUCAUCAGCUGGAACAGUUAGGUUACAAUCUGACUACGCAGCCUGAGAAGCUGAUGCUCGUAAUGUGGCAAAAUGGUUUUUACACAUAGCCUUGGCUAGGGUGGCCGUCUCUUCAGAUUUGCUUACUGGAACAGUUAAGCCUUGGCUUCCGUAUUAGGUCAGAGGGGACAGUGACUGGAGUUGCAUGGUAGUUUUGCCUCUUUGGCAGUUGCCUAUAGGCUUUCCAAUCCUGAAAUUGGAGGGGGAUAUAACAGGUAGUUGGGAAUGCAUUUUUCACUUGCUUCUCCAUCCUGCUUUCUGAAACUUGCUUAUUUUAAGGCAUCUGGAUAUGAACUAUUUUAUUUUGCUGCAAGAAGGCUGAGCCUACUACUGCCCAGUUCUCCUUUGAUUUAUUAGAGGGAGGAUGACCAGGAUUGGUUCCAUAGUUCCCCAUCCCAUUUUGCUUCUUGGAACCAAUACUGGUCAUCCUCCCUCUAAUAAAUCAAAGGAGAAGAUGAACAUUAUCAAAUCAAACCAAACACACAGUUCUGAAAGUCCAGCUCAUUUGGUAAUAACUUAUUUGGACAUGAUGGUCACCUUUAAUUGUGCAUGGACUUUAUUUGCAUAUAAAAUAGGAAUAUGAAAAUGCUUCUCAUUGUCAUUUUAGUAUUUGUCCCAAUAGCUUCAUAAUUGCAGUUCAAUGGCAUGAAAUUUGUGCUUAUGACAUCGGAUUAGACAGUGGCUGCAGUCACACGGCUGUUGAUUCUGUUAAUUUCAACAUUAUAUUUGAGCUUUCACAGAACGUCAAAGCCACUUCCAGAAAUACAGUGAAAUAUUGCUGAGGUUUUCAUGUUAUUUGCAAACAGAUUGCGUCCGGGGGGGGGGGGGGGGGGUGUUUGCAAAUGACACAGGAAUUGGCACUAAACUUGACAAACCUUUUUGGAUGUGGCUUUUAUCUUGUGGAAAGCUCCAAUAUAACAUGGAAAUUAGAAGGAGAACAUUCGGUAAAUGGAAUAAACUGCUGUGGAAAUGCAGCCUGUCUCUAGCGAAGGGAAUUUGGGUAGCAGGCCUUGGGAAGGGUUGUCUGACUUGACAGCGCAGAGUCUGAAAGCAAUUAACAGUGCUAGGCAAGAUGGGCCAGUGAUCUUUUCAUAGCUGGCUUCUAUCAUCCAUGAGCUCUCAACAUCUCAGAUGGCAUCCAGUGGCUGCAGGAGGGGAGUGGCAGCUUUUGUAAGCAAUCUUUCCUUCUCCAAAGUCAGGUGGACCUCCUGAAUACUGCAGGCUGAGUGGGAGGUGGAGGAGAUGUGAAAGAAAAAGAUUAGUUGCACAGUUGAAUACAGCCCCAGAUUUUUGGAUACCUUCUAAGGCUGUCUUUAACUUGGCAGCUGUUUCUUGGGAAAGUAGGUUUGCUGCUGAGUCUUUGCAUAUAGGAUGUGCUCAAAAUUUCAAAUGGCUAAUAAUGUCAUUUGCUCUAUUUUCCCUGAGGGUGGGGGAGGGUACGUUAGAGUCCUACCACAGACCCCCCCCCUUAACCUUUGUCAGGAAUGAUGACUUGUUUGCAGUAUGAUCUCUCUGAAAGCAGUCAUGCUGAUAGGAUGCUAAUUCUGGUAACUGGUGGGUGGGUGGUAGCCCAUUAGCCGUUGGUAGAGUUGUUUAAAUGCCACUUAAGAUAGGGAAGUUUGAUUUUUGUUGUUGUGGGUAUUUAAAAGCAAGUCUAAAUUGGAAAUCUUCCUGAAAGUUCGGGGUGGGAGAGUGAUUUUUAAAACUGGAAGUCUAAUUUUGUUUUAUUCUCAAAUUCUAGAGUUGCAGGCCACCCCUUGGCGCAGAACGAACGCUGUCUUCAUAUGUUCUUGCAGGAUGAAGUAAUAGACAAAACCUACACGCCCUCCAAAAUAAGACAUGCUUGAAUGCUGCACAACACUUUAAUUGGCAUAAAUGUUAGUGGUGACAUACUUCGUCUAAGAUAUGUAGUUUAAGGUUUUUAGCAUGCUGCAAACAAACUGGCACCAGAAGCCUUCGAUAUACUAACAGCACUGUGUGUUCUUUGCAUUGAUCUUUAUGGCAUUAAAGAACUCUAGGUAAACCUGCUGUCAGACUGUUGAUUAAAUGGCUUUUAAAAAUCUCAGUAUUUUGAAACUCUUCCCUUCUUCCUUUUGCAAUGACCCUUGUGGUGGUUACUGACUCAGCCUUACUCGAACUUGCACUGUUUAUGGUGUCGCACGUUCACUUUUCUUUGAUUUUAAACACUAGAAUAUUUCUGUACAACAACUAGUAUUCAACCUGCAAUUUGGUGACUAACAUGGUGCAUUGUAUUCAAUACCCCCUUGUAUAAAAUAAGCACUUCUGUAGUUGUAUCUUUAAGCUUGCGAGGGGCGGGGUGGGGGGGCAGCCUUUGUACUGAGAAGCAAUGAGGGAGCAUUUCUUUAUAUUGUGUAAAAAGAAAACAGAUUUGUAUACUAAGAACAUUUGUCUAAAAGUUGUUUUGAAAUAAAAAGUAAAAAUGCACUUAGCAUGUCCUUCCUGCUAUGAUGGGGAAAAAUAGUCCUUCUCUCUAUACCUUGGGCUGGCUUAUCUCCCUGGAUAAAUGUCCCACUGCACUGUGUUUUAUCCUGGCUAUACCUUCCACUUAAGUAAGUGGUUCUGAAUUACUUGACUUCAUUCAGCUUGAAAUACUAAAACUCCCAUUGUAAGUUACAGUCCUAUGUGUUAUUGCUUCGGGGCAAGUCCUACAUAAAUCUUUGGGACUCCCGAGUUAUCAGGGAUAGGAUUGUUGGUUUCCUCCAUAUGGUCGUGCAGUUACAGCUUAUGGAAUACUGAAUCAAAAUUAUAGUACUCCUUUCUCUUACUCUGGGUAACAAUAUUCAGUGUAAGUUAGAAUCAUCAUGCUAUAGCUCUGAAGUCUAUGAGUUUUCUGCAUCUGAAUGAUUAAUUGCAUCCAUUAGUAUGUCGAUGAUUUCCUUGAACUUAACAUAGCUAUCCCUUUGCAACACUCCCAUGUCCUAGGAUCUAACCGCAUAAGCAGCCAAUCUGUAGGUUCUGUCAACAUGGUGAACCAAAUUUUAAUAGUUCUCAUGCGUGUGUUUUAACAGCUAUCAGGUGUGCCAUGGUGGAAGGCAACCCAUGUAGGGUUGGAAUCAGGAGUAACCCUUCACAUUUUUUUUUUAAAGCAGCAAUACCUGGCCAUUCCUUUAAUUCUGAUGAAAAAGCAGCAGCAGAGCUUCACUCCAGAACAUGUGCCAUUCCAGAUGAGGACCAACACUGGUUUACUGCUAAAACUUUCCCCAUUCCUUGAGGGCAUUUGCCCCCAAAGGUUCUGUUUGCCGUAGACAAUAGGACAGCUCAAGAGAAGCAUAAAGUCAAUGCAGGGCCCCACAAGGGGUUUUUCUCUAAAGCUGACAGAAUAAGCACACUUUUUUUAAAAAAAAGCAUGACUACCAUGAAUAGCUUUGCCUUCCAGGUUCAUUACACUAUGUAUAUAAUACUGUCUUGCAUGCCAAUUUAUUUCAGCAGUAUGAGCUAAGAUGGUUUUUCUAGAUAGUUUUAAAUCUUCUCUUGUACAUACUCCUCUGCAGUUCUAGCUGAGGCCCAACUAACUUUCAUCACAGUUACGUAUUUACUGUUUUCUAUGUGAGAUGCUCAAGUAAUGCUUAUUGGUGGGUAGCUAUAUAAAUUACCCUUAGUGGAGCAGAAGAAGAACUUCUGAAGGAACUAUUCCAGUGGUGGUAGAAUGGUGCUGUAGGCAUCUUUUUGAAAUAUACUUGAGAAACUUAGACAGUAGCUGCUUGUUCACCUUCUAAGGCGAUAUUUGUGUUCAGGCACACUUAGCAUGGAGGGGCAACAUUAAGCACCAAGGUGCUGCUGUAAGCCUCCUGUACUAUCUACAACCUUGUGUGUUAAGGUCCUAAAUUGUACUGGGAGCCUACCCUUCUGUAGCAGGCUACGCACAGUUGCCAUGAGCAUGUGGGAUGGAACUGUGUGACUGGGGGAUAGGACUAAAGGCAGAGCUCCUUGGGACUUGUGUUGCCCCUUCGUGCAAGCAAUUGCUCAACAGGGCUACUACAACUGCAGGUAACCUUUGGCCCUCUAGAUGUUGCUGAAAUGCAGCUCCCAUCAUCCCUGGCAGUUGCUAAUGGGGACUUGAUGGGAUCUGUGGUUCAGCAACAUCAGAGAGCCAAAGUACUCCACACCAGUUCACUUUUAAAUAAAACAUAGCAGUAUACUCACCCCAUUAUAAUUUUUUACCUGUUUCUUGGAAAUUGUACCAUCAGUGGGGAGUAAUGUUUAAUCAAAGGCCAUACCAUUUUAAACUUAAUAUAUUUUUUAUUCUUUGUAAAUACAAUGAGUACAACCUUAACUUCACAAAUCAGUUAAUCCAUUUUUGUACAAGAGAAGUUUUACUCAUUCUAUGAUACUUCAAGUGCUGGUUCUCCUUUCUCAGUGCUAGUUCCUAAAACAAAUAAAAACUUGAAAAGUACAGCAGUUAUCUUUUAAUUCCCCCCUACAUUUCCAUAAGUGUAUUUUCAUCAAAUUAAGCAGCUCAUAAUAUGUGUGUUUUGUGAGGAGUGGUGAGAGAGAGAGAGGCUUUUAUUAGAACCUGGACUUUUCUAAAAAGCCGCUAGAGUAUUAGGUUUGUAUUGAUCAACCAUCCUUUUCUUUCAUUGUAAGACGGUUCAAAACUGUUUUUAUUAUAAGUCAGGUACCUUUUUUGCACAUCUCAUUGACAAAGAGUUUGACCACCGUUGCCUUUGGUUUCAGCACUAUGCCAGUGGGACAGCUAUUAGUUCGCUGUAUCAAUCCUCUCCUUUUUCUUUUAUUUGGUUUUGCUGUUUAGUCUUCGCUUAACAUGCAUUUUUUAAAAAGAAAAGAAAAACAACUUUUUAUUUAAAGCUCUUUUGUCUGAGAUGGUAAUCCGAACUGAAAUGUUGGCCAGACUUAGACGUGAAGUCCACCCCUUCGUGGUUUUUUUUUAACAAGGAGGCAUAGCCUAUUGAAUUCAAAAGGUAUUUGCUGGCGUACUUCUUAAAAAUCCAUGAUGAAGGCCACUUUUAUUAUUACGUUACAGAUGAAGCAAAUGUUUCUAUAACCUGGUAUUCAGUGUUGCCUCUCAUAUAAAAAGCAUUCACUUAAACAAGCUACUUUAAAAAAAACAAAAACCAUUUUUGAAGGCCACCUCAUGACACAUGACGACAGAACAAUGUUUGGUUACCCCAUUUUUCAAAGUAUGAAGAAACAACAACCCUAAAGGACCUUCUUCUUUACCUUGUCACAUCUGCCAACUAAAUGGCAGACUAGCACAGCCUUUGUUAACUAUGAAUGACAACUGAAUUGGCUCCACUGGGAGAAGCAGCAGCCAAGUUCAUUCUACAGCAGGUUUUUCCGUGGAGCACAGUAUUUCCCCACCCACAUCCCCAAGGACUUAAAGUUGCUCUGUUCAAGGCUGCAAAACCAUAUCUAUUGGGUGUAUUUUGUCACUAGGUUAAAACGUUUCCAGGCUCCAGCUUCUUGUAGAGUUUGUUAGCUGAGGCUUGCUCUCCAUUGAUCAAGAAGUUCUUCAGAAAUGGUGACCCUGAUCAUUCUCAUUUGCUCCCCCCCAGGUCAGUCUAGAUGUCACUGGAUUUGUACAUAUCUGAAAGCAGUCUUGUGAUUGGCACAUUCCCAAUGGUUUUUUUGAAAAAUACUUCUUCUAUUGUGGAGGGACUAAUCGAACGUAAAGCUGGCAAAAGCAACAAGAGUUUCCCGAAGCGACAGGGCUGUGUGGGGUACCUGGAAGGCAAGCAUGAGAGUUACUGCUAUGGAUAUAAAUAACACUCAUAAUAUUUUUUAUGCUGUUGAUUGCCUUUGUGAAAGCCAACAAUCAAAAUGUCAACAAAAUAGUAUACUUUAAGAAAUCUGAAUGUGGUAAAGUUCAAAGGUGGACAGACUUCAGGCUUGUAGAAUCUACUUUUUUUUUUUUUACUAGAAAUCAAUCAGACUAAUGUACACAAUAGUAACUCAUGGGAUAGAUACACAUUAGAAUUACACUUAUGGGCACCUCUGAACACACGAUCAGCCCAGAAAUUUGCAGUACCAGAACUGCUUCCCAGUCUUUUCUGCCCACAAUGCCAUUCCAGUAUUCUGUCCCCCUUCUUUGUUUCAGCAGACUAAUGAGAGGAGGGCUUUUUUGCUAUCAGAAAAUCGGGAAUUGGAAACCCUUGCCAACCUACUACAAAUCCCAGAGAUCUUCCAGUAGAUUUCAAUUUAUCUGCUGCCCACUGCUGGUAUAGUGGAUGGAGUGAAUGCUGGACUGGCUCAGAUCUCUGCACAGCCAUGAGGUCCUCCCAUUUGAAAUCAGUGGGAUUGGUUACCUGCAGAACUGUAGCUUGAUUCUACACUUUGAUGAUGUAACAUGCUCCCCCCCACCACAAAAAAAUUAGUCAAAAUUCUAAAAAUAUGAAUUUUCACCCAUGAAAGCAUUCCAAAACUCAACAAGGUUGAAAUUCCAGGCUAAAGCCAGCUCUCAUUUACACAACAGAUUAAAAGCCACUUCACAGAAGCAAAGUGUCUUAAAAAUGCUAAUACAGUUGUACCUUGCAAGUCGAACAGAAUCCGUUCCGGAAGUCCGUUCGACUUCUAAAACGUUCGGAAACCAAAGCGUGGCUUCAGAUUGGCUGCAGGAAGCUCUUGCAGCCAAUCAGAAGCCGCGGAAGCCCCAUUGGACAUUCGGCUUCCAAAAUAGUUUGCAGACCGGAACAGUCACUUCUGGGUUUGUGGCGAUCGGGAGCCAAAAUGUUUGGCUUGCAAGGCGUUUGGGAUCCAAGGUACAACUGAAAUCUGAUUGUGAAGAGAGAGAAGCUUUCUGUGCUGUUGUUGUUUUAAAUUCUCAUUAAACAUUACGCCCUUUAUUUCUCUUUCCCCUUUCAUCUGAAUUAUUUGCCUGGGAUGAAUAAACUUACUGCAGGUACAGCAAAUUAAGAGCUUGGAAAAAAAAAUGUAUUCAAAUCUAGUGUCCUCACCUAGUAUGAAUGUAGCUGUUCAGGGUGAGCUGAGCUUCAUCUUGAAGAGCUGCAAUGGCUGCAGCAUUUCUAAAACUUCUGAGUUCAGAACCGCUAUGCGUAGGUACUGAAAAGCAGAUUGACCACUCUUCACUUAUUAAUCAGAACAGUCAAUAUUAACUCGAUGCCAACUAAUGUUACACUUCACCACUUAACUCCAUAGCACCACCUACAAGCAUGAAGGCACAUCUUGGUGAUUCCAUUUCACUGCUUAUGGCAUUCUAGAAUUUCAGUUUGUCAACAUGUGUCCCACCCUGAAAGCUCCCGCAAAUUUUAAUAAGUGUAAAGCAGUGUCACAUUUUCAGUUAGCAGCAUUAAACAGAUGAGACCAACACUGUUACUUGUUUUCAUUUCAACCUCCAAUGGCCAACCAAAUAAAAACCUUGCGGACUUCCUUUGACAAGAUACUCAGGCUUGGGCCUUGGUGAACAUUAAAGGGCUGAGAAUAUACCGGAAUCCAUCUUCGAACGUUUAUUCUCACCAAAUAUGGUGUGUGGAAGGCAGCAUUUAGAUGGCCAGUCUUGGUCAAUCAUAAAGUUCACAAUAGGAUGAAAAGGGAGACAUGACUCUUAAGUAUGAUGGACCCAAGCUAUUGAGGGUUUUAUAGGUCUGCCCCCAGUAGUCUCUGCAAUACAAAAUUGCUCAGACUCAUCAAGAUACCAAUAUGCUAAAUUCUUCAGCAACUGAGAAGACAAUUGCUUUCCUGAAAAAGCCCCCUGUAAUCCAUGGAAUUUUAGAAGAGCCCAUCUCAAGGAACAAGGAUUGGUACUCAUUUUAUAUUGGAAUUUUCUGGGUGUCCCAGUUGAGAAGUGGCUCUGCACUUCAGCCCACAUCAUUAAUCUGUGAUGUUCGUUGUAAUCUGCUAUUGGAGGUAGGAUACUUGGCCACUGCACAGCCUACUGAUAGAUGCCCAAAAGGCUAUUUUUAUAUUCCCCUUACCAGCUUUAAAAGUGACGAUGCAUUUGAGACAGGCAAAUUCUGUAGCAUCUAACCGAAGCUGUCUAAAUCUAGCCACAACCUCUUGUAAAGCCUGUAUUUCUGAGAUAAUCUUAUUCAGCUUUUGAGAAUCUGUGUUGUCUCCAUUCAUUCCUGGAACACAAACAUGUGAAAUAAAUACACUAAUAGGUCAUCUGAAUGUAUUUUAUGGAUUGAUUUCUGCAAAAAAUAAAAAUAAAAAUCACAUGUAUCAAUAGCUAUUCCAUUGUUACAUUGAGAUCCGCUUCAACACAAAACUAACUAUAAUGUAGGAAAGUUAGUAUGAAAUCUUCUGUUGGAUGAUAACAAACACAGUAAUUUGCAUUUAAAUGACAAUGCAAGCAGUCGUGAAUGCAACAAAACAACAUUAUUUGCAUUUAAAUAUAGAUUUAUAAAUGACAGGUAUACUCUAUUGUUCAGAAGGGAUUUGUUAUUCUUUACAUGUUGUCCUUUUUUUCAGUAAUGUAUUUUUAUGGUAAUUUCUAUAACAAAGUCAUUAAAUUGUGCAAUUCUUACCAGAUACAGCCAGUAGAGUGUUAGCAUCAACUGGAAUGGCCCAUUGUGCUAUUCCUAGAACAAACAGUUCCCUCCAAGCAUCUUCCAAAAGCAUCAGCUGUCAUACAAUAGAGGUACGAUAUAACAUGGUGUAUAAUUUAUAGAUUGAUAAACAAUUUCACUAUGUAAAUUUCUGUUGUUUUAGAAAUGGCUUUAAAAUGCCUGCGCUGUUUUCUCCCAUCCCCACUCCUGCCGGGGACAUUUUAGUUCUCGCUUUCUCAUCUUGAUUAAGAGCAUCCAUGGAUAUUAUAAAAUGCCACCUAUUUAAUGCUGGGGUGCUGCUUGAAAGGUAUGGCUUCAGCUGUAAGGUACUGCAUAAAACCAUAAAUACAUGAAGCUCUUCUUGCAUUCCACAUGUGAAAGUUGCACAAAAGCACUACUCUUUAUAUAAAAUGAACAUUGUCCAUCC